GCUACUGGCUGCAAACUGAGCCGAGAAAACGGCCAGCUGACUGUGGAUAUAUGGAUGCAGAGAGGGCCCAAAUUAAAAGCCUUAUAGUGGCUAUUGCUUGGUAGCUAAGUCAGGUGGUGCUGGAGUUAAAGGUUUUGGUAUGCUGUGGUACUUAGCUCCCUGUUAGGGCAGCCUGCUUGCAAACUGACGUGAAGCUCGCUAAGCUAACGCAGAUUGAUUACAACAAGCACUUAGCCUGCUAACGUUAGCCCCACUAGUGUUGGCUAACUAGCAUGUUAGCACUGCUGCUUUUAUUUCUCAACUGUGUCAAUGUAACGUCAGGUGACAAAAGGUAUGUUUGGUGCUAGAAAGAAAUUUGAGUUCGUCGAGGUAGUCGAUAACGACUUUAAUGAUGAAAGCAUGUACUACAGUCAGCCAUCGAUGUUCCCACAUCGGUCGGACAAAGAUAUGCUGUCCUCUCCCUCGCCAUCGUCGUCAGGUCAGCUAUCACAGCUUGGUGCAAGUUUGUACGGUCCACAAAGUGCACUCGGCUUCUCGGUAAGGGGUAUGGGGAACAAUACGCCUCAGUUAAACCGAAAUCUAACACAAGGCACACAGCUACCAAGUCAUAUCACCCCCACAACAGGGGUCCCCACAAUGUCCCUACAUACCCCUCCAUCACCAAGCAGGGGGACAUUGCCGAUGAACACGAGGAACAUGCUGAACCACUCUCAGGUCGGUCAAGGUAUUGGGAUGAGCGGCAGGACCAAUAGUAUGGGCAGCUCGGGGCUGGGCAGUCCCAACCGCAGCUCGCCCAGCAUCAUCUGUAUGCCCAAACAGCAGCCAGCACGUCAGCCCUUCACCAUAAACAGCAUGUCAGGAUUUGGUAUGAACCGCAAUCAGGCUUUUGGGAUGAACAACUCAUUAGCAAGCAACAUCUUCAAUGGCACAGAUGGGAGUGAAAAUGUAACGGGACUGGAUUUGUCAGACUUCCCUGCGUUAGCAGACAGGAGUCGGAGAGAAGGGACAGGAAACCCAACCCCGGUGAUCAACCCACUGACUGGACGGGCUCCUUAUGUUGGCAUGGUGACAAAGCCAUCAACUGAACAGACACAGGAUUUCUCCAUCCAUAACGAGGACUUCCCUGCACUGCCCGGCCCAAACUAUAAGGACCCCUCGUUGAACAACGAUGACAGCAAAACUAACUUGAACUCCACAAGCAAGAGCACUUCCAAUGCAGAUGGUCCCAAGUUUCCUGGAGACAAGACGGCCUCAGCACAGAACAACAACCAGAAGAAAGGGAUCCAGGUGUUGCCCGAUGGUCGGGUGACGAACAUUCCCUCAGGGAUGGUGACAGACCAGUUCGGCAUGAUUGGCCUGCUGACGUUUAUCCGAGCAGCAGAGACUGAUCCGGGGAUGGUCCAUCUGGCGCUAGGAAGUGACCUCACAACACUGGGCCUCAACUUAAACUCACCAGAAAACUUGUAUCCCAAGUUUGCCUCUCCCUGGGCUUCAUCGCCUUGUCGACCUCAAGAUAUUGACUUCCAUGUUCCCUCUGAAUACUUAACCAACAUCCACAUAAGGGACAAGUUGGCUACAAUUAAACUGGCUCGAUAUGGUGAAGACCUGUUGUUCUACCUGUACUACAUGAAUGGUGGAGACUUGCUACAGCUUCUGGCAGCAGUAGAGCUCUUUAACAGGGACUGGAGGUACCACAAAGAGGAGCGGGUUUGGAUAACAAGAGCGCCUGGCAUGGAGCCUACGCUGAAGACCAACGCCUACGAGAGGGGAACCUACUACUUUUUUGAUUGUCUUAACUGGAGGAAAGUAGCCAAGGAGUUUCAUCUGGAGUAUGACAAGCUGGAAGAGAGGCCUCACGUGCCAACAACAUUCAACUACAACCCAGCCCAGCAGGCCUUCUAAGGCCCGACCGGUCCAAAGGCCGCAGCUGUUCUUGCACACAAUAGUGUUGUCCAGGAGGGGCGCUGCUUGGUUUUUAUUCCUCGAGGAUUUGGCUUUUUGACUGCGGGGGUCAUCGCCACCAUCAAAACUGCCCUGCCUUUCCAAAAUUACAUGCUGCCCAAAACACCAACACUUGUUCUGUUUUUAUUCUUUAUGUUCCUCCUGUUUUUUGUUUUGUUUUUUUUUUUUUUUGUCUUGUUUUGAGCAGGGUCUGUGUUAUGUUUACGUCUUUGAAUCUGAAGCCUGUUUUCUUGCAGAAAGGAGAACUGACCUUGUGGCACUGGACAGUGACAGAACAAGGGUCAUGCUUCGUAUUCACAAGUGUUAAGAACAGAAAAAAGUCGGGGAAGAAAAGUUAAUAUCCUCUGACGCAAGUUAAAGGGUGAAAGAAAUGCAAUGUUUAUUGUUGCACUAUAUUUAGUAAUAAAAGAACACAAAAUGUGUUUGUGCUUUUUUAUGUCAACACUCCCUGAUAAUUUUUUUCCCUUUUGCAUUUUUUGUUAUUGGGGGGGGUCAUGCAACUUUUUCACAAGCAUCCCUUUUCAUCGUACUUUUCUCUUCCUUCCUUCCCAUUGACAUUGAUUCCGACCACCACCAAACUGUUUUCUGUCUCACACUCUGUUUCCCCCUCUGUCUCUGAGUUGUGUGCCAGGUGAACAUGGACACGAAUCUGGGAGAAUACUUUGGUUGCCACAAAUGUGGACAAAUCCUCACUGAGGCUAGACAGCUACACGACAUUGCUCUAGAGAAAACAAAACACUUUCCAGUCUUUGUUACAAUUUUGUAAGAAAUGUGUAAAUUUUUGGUUUCUUUGCAUCAUAUAAAUUAGUAUAUGUAUGUAUGAAUGUGUAUAUAUGAUUGCUAUAUAUAUAUAUAUGUAUGUGUAUAUAUAUAUAUGACAUCUAUUUUGGAAGACAUUUUGCCCUGCCUUGUACCUCGUUUUUAUGAGGUGAGCAUGGAUGCAAUAUGUGGACGUAACAGGACAUUUCUGGAUCUGCUGGACAGGGUGUCACGUGGCACUGCGGGCACUUACAUCAAAGUAAUACAAAAUUAAAAUGUCGUUUAAGUAAAGGCCUGAUUCUCAGCCGAAAACAAGAAAAAAAAAAUAAACAUGGAGAUCAUCCCAGAAGGGUCGAGUCCAAAGCAAAAUAAGGGAUGUAUUUCAAUUUAAGCUGUUUGAACAGCAGUGAACAGCAUUUCAUAGGAAACGGAAAACAAUCGAGGAGGAAAAAAAGAAUCCAGACCAAUCUUGUAUUUUUUGAAGUUAAAAGCUUCUUUUCUUUGUAUUAAAGCAAAAAAAGGCUUUCCUGAA